CGAACAGCAACUUCACACAGUUCGCUGGGUUAUUUAAAAAUUUUAAUUUUCUAUUUUUUUUGUUUUUAACUCAUUUUAAAAAUUCUUAAUAAAUCUAUAAUUUUAUAAAAAACUUAAAAGAAAUAAAAGUUUCAAGCGUCGAUAUACUGGCUUCUUAACAGAAUCUAAUGCUAUGGAUGCUCAUUAGCUCAGCAGCUUUCGUAAAGAUCAGAAUCGUUUAUUGAAUAUGAAAGCGUGUGAAUCCCCAUAGAAAUUCCAAAGUGGCUUAGUUAAACACAGAGUCGUGCUAAGAAAAUCGUUUAAUUGGUUUUUAAUUUGGCAUUGAGUUAUUUUAUGUAAUCUAAAUAAUAUUGAUAACAAUACAACAACAACAACAACAACAACAACAACAACAUUAACUACAACAAUUAUAAUAAUAAAGACAACAAGAAUUUAUAAUUUCUGUGCAAUAAUUAUGAUCAUGACAAGUCGAGUGAUUGGAAAUAAAAAAUAAAAGAGUUUAUAUCAUUUGUUAAACGCUGUCAUUUAAAAUAAAAAUAAAUUAAUAAAACAAAAAUUAAAAUUAAAUAUCUAAUUUAUAAUGUUAAAGUGUUUGUGUUCUCUGGCUUACAUUAUUACCAGUUGUCAGCUGUUAACAGUUUACGCGCAAGCUCCUACCGUUCCACCGAUCGCUUGUCCCAACUACUUUCAGUAUGGACAAGUGCGUGGAGAAUAUAUUGGAAAGCUAACUCUUCCGAAUGUUUCCGAGGGAACCACAAAUGUGAUGCUGCAGUUUUCUCAACGAGAGCCCGUUUAUGGUAACUAUGGCAAGCUCUCCUUAUACAGUGAUCGUGAUACCACUAUUUACAACAUACAGAACGGUAUUCCGGUUUCUUAUCGCGUAGAUUUUCCUUUGCCAAAUGUGCUGCCAAAACUAACGCGAAUCACGGUGAACGGUGAGGACAUAUGCUUCGCCAGUGAUUAUCCUGCUCCAAGUACAAUACUGAAUAUGGAACAUACGUUACAUUCUACGACUACAACAUUUGUGAGACCAUUGAACAAUAAUUUCAAUAUAGCUGAUGGAUUCAAGAGCGGAGAUACCAACGACGUUUUUGCACAAGAACCAAGGCGUUUUAAUAAUCAACCUUUGCCUAAAUUUAUGUUUUCAAAUGAAACCACAUUUCAGCGUGAACCGCCAAUUCGUCAAACUAUUCCUCAAAACCGUCCAGUCACUUCAACACCGAUUCAGCCAAGGCAACGUCCCUUGCCUUCAACACAAAAUCUUAAUUCCAUAUGUGGAGAAGAACAGGAAACAUUUUCGCCAUUCCUACAUGGUGGCACAAGUAUACCUCGUGGCAAGUAUCCCUGGCUAACACCAAUAAACCGAAAGAGUGCUGCUGGUUCAAGUUUUCUUUGCGGCGGCAGUCUGAUAUCAACGCGGUCAGUUGUCACAGCCGCACACUGCUUCAAAUAUUAUCGCUAUACUGCACAAGAUCUUGUUACUUUUCCCGGAAGACAUAACCUCAGCAAUUAUAUGGAAAGUGGUUACUUAACACGUGAAGUCAGCGAGCUCAUUUAUCACCCAGACUACGCACCCGAAUCCUUUCCUGAUGCUGACAUAGCAAUUUUAAUACUCACCGAAGCAAUCAGUUUUACUCCCUUUAUACGACCCAUUUGUCUGUGGAACGAACCCAAUGAUGAUGCAGUUAUAGGACAGAAGGGUUAUGUAGGUGGCUGGGGUACUAAUGAGAGAGGAGAAGAAGUAUCAGAUACACCAAAAAUGGUGGAUAGUAGAAUAGUCAGCUUGGUUGAUUGUCUGCAAUCUUUAGAAGCUUUUAAAAAACUAACUUCACCUCGAACAAUCUGCGCUGGAAACUUAGACGGUACUGGACCAUGUGUUGGCGAUUCAGGUGGCGGCUUAAUGGUUUUACGUAAUAGGCGUUGGGUCUUACGAGGUAUUGUUUCUGCUGGUCAAACCAGUCAGGGUCAAUGCAAUUUAAGGCAAUACGUUAUAUACUGUGAUUUGGCAAAACAUAUGCCGUGGCUAAGGCAAAAUAUGAUAGCUUAUGUGCAAUUUAAGUAUUUUGUGUUUCAUCUUGUUUUAACGAAGAUGCUUCGAUUGCUGCGUUUGCCUUUGUUAAUUGUCACGACUGCGUUUCUGUGGGAUUUACCCGUCAUUUUCGCACAACUGCCACCGAUAGAAUGUCCCCAAUACUUUAGGUACCUGCGGUCAAAUAAUGAAAAUUUCGGUUUAGUUACACUUCCGAACAGUCUAUACACUGGAGGACGUCUCAACGUAAACGUAAAACUCUCUCAGCGUGAAAUAUUUAACGGCAGAAAUUUUGGACUUGCGCUCUACGAAAGCCUUGACAGAUCAGUGCAGAAUAUCCAAAACGGAGAAAGUGUUCAAUACAGAUUCAACUUUCCAACACAGAGUGAGAUUCCGAAACUCACUGGCAUUGUCGUAAAUGGGGAAACAAUUUGCUCCGGCAGUGGAUACUCGCCUCCCAAUAUAAAUUUUAAUGCCGAACACACAAUAUCAUAUCCAUCGGGAAGAAGACCGGUUGCUACAGCGCCUAACCCGCCACCGAGUUCAAACGUUGGUUCAAGCGGUGGUUCAAAUUAUGGUUCUUCAGGUAGUUGCGCCAGUUACUUCAAAUAUGAAAGAGCGAACAAUGAGAAUUAUGGUGUGAUAACCCUGCCGAAUCAACUUUUCACCGGCGGCAAACUAAGGGUAGAAGGGAAGCUAAUACAGAAUAACAUCUUCAAUCAUAGAAACUUUGGAGUUUCUUUAUACAAAAGCCUGGAUGAUUCAGUGCGUGACAUAAAUAAUGGUCGACCUGUUAUGUAUCGCUUCAAAUUUCCUGAACAAAACGAACUGCCUAGAAUUCAGGAAAUCAAUGUAAACAACAACCGAAUUUGCAAUUCUGGCGGUGAUUCGUCCGGAAGCAUGAGAUUCAGUGCGGAGCAUACCAUUAGCUGGACUGAUUCAGGCAGACGUCCUUCAGUUCCGUCACCAGUACCAUCACCAGUGCCAGCACCUCCAGCACCACCCCCACAACCAAUAAUACCUGAAAUUCCUGACGAUCUUAACAAUAUAUGUGGACGCAAAAUUGGUCAACUUACCCCUUUCAUACAUCAUGGCAGAGAAGCCAAGCCGGGCCAGUUCCCUUGGUUGGCAGCUGUCUUUCACAGAGAAGCAGAUGGUCCCCAUUUCAUAUGUGGUGGAUCACUUAUCUCUGCGCGUACAGUUAUUACUGCAGCACAUUGCUUUUUACUUCAACAUAUAGACAAAAAUGCUGCAUUUAUAGAACUGGGAAGCUACAAUCGCACUGAUUCAAGGGACACUGCAAUAGCAGUGAGAAUAGACAAUAUUGUAACUCAUCCCAAUUAUAAUGAAAAACAGUUACCAGAUGCAGAUAUCGCUGUGGUGCAUUUAAGUACAACAAUACGAUUUAAUGAUAAUAUUAGUCCAAUUUGCUUGUGGACCGAGAAAGUUGAUUUAUUUUAUAUAAAAGACCAAGAAGGUAUAGUUGCUGGCUGGGGAUCAUUGGAAAACAAUGUACUAACCUCGCCAACACCUAGAUACGUUUCUGCCCGAAUCGUUGAUAAUGAUGAAUGCGUUCAGUCAGCAGAUGGAUUCAGAAAAAUGACAACUAGGAACACACUAUGUGCGGGGAAUAGAGACAACAGUGGACCUUGCAGUGGUGAUUCCGGUUCGGGUCUCAUACUACGCAGAGACAAUCAUUGGACGUUGAGAGCAAUUGUAUCGUUAGGCCAAACAGUGCUGGGUAGAUGUAAUCUUAAUCAGUUUGUUAUAUAUACUGAUGUGGCAAAACACAUUACAUGGGUGCGAACCAAUAUACUCUAUUAAUUUGCCCUAACUAUAGAUUCAACUUUAUAGAUAUGUAAUUAAAAUUUUAAGUUUUAUAUUAAAGCUAGUACAAAAUUCUAAAAAACUCGCCAAAUUGACAUGAACAUGCUUAAAUUUUUGUGAACACUUUUAUACAUCAACUAAAUUAAGAAUAAAACUGAAACAAAAAUCAUUUAGAUUAGUUUA